CAAGCACUCCAUCGAAAAUGAAGAUCUUCGUCGUAUUCGCUCUGGCUAUUGCCAGUGUCAGCGCAGCCAAUUUGGACGCCAUUGCACAGCCUGCCUUCGCAUCGGGACGUAUCAUCAAUGGCUACGAGGCUCAGAAGGGUGAGGCUCCAUACAUCGUCUCACUGAAGACCAGCUCACAUUUCUGCGCUGGUUCAAUCAUUGACGAGAACUGGGUACUAACUGCUGCUCACUGUCUUAUCUACGACAGUUUUGAGGUGGUCGCCGGUCUGCACUCCCGCAAUGACGAAUCCGAUGUACAGGUCCGCAAAGUCACCAGCAAAUCGCAAUAUAUCGUACAUGAAGGUUAUGGUGGUGGUGUCGGUCCCAAUGAUAUUGGUCUCAUCUAUAUUCCCGACGGCUUCGAUUUGAACGCGCUCUCACGUGAUGGUGUAGCCCCGGUUAACAAAGUAUCCUUGCCAUCUGGCAAAUACGAGAGCACUGGUGACGGAAAACUUUUCGGUUGGGGACGUGAUAAUUCCGGUUCUUUGCCAAAUGUUUUGCAGACAUUGGAUGCCAAUAUUAUUGGUUAUUCAGAAUGCAAAGCUGCUCUACCCUUCUUGGCACCCAUUAAGGAUGUGAACAUUUGCUCUUACACUGCUGGCACCACCGAUGGUGCUUGCAAUGGCGAUUCUGGUGGCCCAUUGGUGCGUUACACUUCCGAAGGUGCUGAGCAGGUCGGUAUCGUGUCAUGGGGUUACACUCCUUGUGCCACUACCAAAUAUCCCUCGGUCUACACUAGCGUCAGUGCUUACAAGAAAUGGAUCAAUGAGAAGAUCAACGCUUAGGUAUUGGUUCUGAACGACACACUUAUUUAAUAAAAAAAAUGCAUCAUAAUUAAAAAGUAA